AUGUCGGCCAAAGACUCUCUGAGGCGCAAUAAAACCUACAUUCAGAUGGUUUUAUGUGGAGACCACAGACUCAUCCUCAACAAAGUCCAGGAGAGGAACCUGAUCACGCCGCGGGAGUACAACAACCUGAAGAUCAUCCGUGGAGAAGAUGUGGAGGGUCACGUGGUUGAGCUCGUGGAUAAAAUUAUGAACAAAGGAGAAGACACCUGCAAAGCCUUCCUGGGCCUCCUGGAAACGGAUGAGGAGAUCAGAACCACCUUCCCUGAGCUGCAGACCAUCAGGCUGAGAGACACCUGCCUACCUUCACCUGUCCAGGCCUCCUCUAAUGAUUGUGAUAUGGUGCCAGAGUCCAAGAGGCAGAAGAAGGACGAGCUCUAUGUGUUGAAAAGCCGGCCCGUUGGGCUCUGUGUGAUCAUAAACAACGAGAACUUUGUCGCCAGCACGCUGAGAAGGGGAACAAACAAAGAUGCUCAGAGCCUGGCAGAGGUGUUCAGCUGGCUGGGCUUCAGGGUGCUCAUGUGCAGAGACCAGACUCAGGACCAGAUGGUUCAGACCCUGGUGUUCUUCGCCUCUCUCAGGGAUGGCGUUCAGCUGCCAGAGCUGGGUGUUGAGGAGUGGUCCGGCAGUGGUUUCACCGCUCCCCAGCAGGUCCUCGGGCAUGGAGACGCCUUCCUCUGCUGCAUUCUGAGUCAUGGAGAAAAGGGGGCUGUUCUGGGCACCGACUCAAAGCCUCUCGCCAUUAAAGAAAUUACAAGAACUUUCAGGGCCACUGAGCAGUCGGCCCUCGUUGGAAAGCCCAAAGUGUUCCUGAUCCAGGCCUGCCAGGGAGGUCAAACCCAGCGAGGUGUGGUGAUGAAAGACGUGGAGGUGGACGGUGACUUUUUGUCCGUCCCGGAGGAAGCAGACGUUCUCGUUGCUGUGGCCACUGUUGAAGAUCAAGCUGCAUUUAGACACCCGACAGACGGGAGCUGGUUUGUCCAGUCUGUGUGUCAGCAGCUAAAGGAGCGCUGCCCGAGGGGUGAGGACUUCACCUCCAUCUUCCACCAUGUGAACAGGCAGGUGGGUCAGAAGGAGGGCUUCCUUCAACCCGGAUGGGUCAAACAGAUACCUGAAGUGAGAUUCACACUGACCAGGAGGCUCCUGCUGUCGCCACAUCACACCUGA